AUGGCCGGCACUCACAGCGAACCGCCGACCCUUACGCCCCGGGGCCCGGUGCCGCCGGCGCUGCUUGUGGUGAGCCCGAUGCACGUGGUGACGCUGUCGGCCCGCCGGUCCUGGGGCGUGCGCAUGGCCCAGCGGCUGCACACCAUCUCUCAACGAUGGUUCGCGCACGUGCUCCUGCUCUUCCUGCUGGCCGCAUAUGCAGCGCUGGGGGCGCUCGCAUUCCGCUACCUCGAAGGCCCGUACGAGGCCCGCGCAAAGGCGGGCCUCACCAGCGUUUUGGUCCAGGUGCGUCGGCUGCUGUUGGAGGAGCUGCGCCGGAGCUGCGCGACGGCUGACGAGUCCCGGUGGCGGCGGCUGGCACAGCGGCGUCUGCAAGAGUACGAGGCGCAGAUGCGCGCCCUCUGUCAGGCCGGCAUCACCACGGACGCCGAGCGUCAGCUGUGGACAUUCUGGGGCGCCAUGUUCUACUGCGGAACCGUCUUCACCACCAUCGGUUAUGGAAACAUAGCGCCAAGCACCAGCGCCGGCCGGGCAGCGACCAUCGCUUACGCGUUAUUUGGCAUUCCACUGCUGCUCAUGGUGCUGGCAGACCUCGGCAAGCUAUUCACGCGCCUCAUCAAACUCGCCUUCUCGACUAUCCGGCGCUUCUACAACACCAAGAAUAUGCGCAGCCUGCGUAGGGCCAGCCGCAGGGCCACCAAGGCACCGGGACAGAUUCUUGUGGCAUGGAGGACCAAGGCGGCCUACUCCUCCUACCCACCCAGAGAGCGCAUCCGGCGUGCCCGCGGCCGCUUACGGCCGGAGGUCGCCGACGAGUCCGCGGCUGAGGCGCGGGUCCCGGUGUCGCUGGUGCUGCUCUUCCUGCUGGCCUACAUGACGCUGGGCGCGCUCAUGUUCUCGCUCUGGGAGGGCUGGAGCUUCUUGGAGGCAUUCUACUUCGUGUUCGUGUCCAUGAGCACUAUCGGCUUCGGAGACUACGUGCCGCAGCAGCCCGCCUUCAUGAUGGCCGCGUUUGUGUACCUCUUGUUCGGCCUCGCGCUCACUUCCAUGUGCAUUACAGUAAUCCAGGAAAAACUAGCGGCCACCUUCCAGAAGGCUCGGGCCCAGAUCGGCGUCUCAUUGGGACUAGGCGACGCCAGCGGCCUGCUGGGUGGCGCAUAUAUGGAGACGGCGCACCACGGACCACUUCUGAACGCGCAGCCCGUUUAAGACCCCGGGUCUGGUACCCUGAUGGUCUCGGUAAUGCAGCCGCGGAAAGCGGCUAAUGUUUUGCAGGAAAUGCAAGGGUUGUGCUCGAAUACAAUGCCCCCUAU